AUGGCCACGACCGCCAACCUGUCGUCAAACGGCGACGANCCCUUUGUCAAUCCCAAUGCCACGCAGCCGAGCCCGCACCGCUACGCUUCCUUUGACAACCAAGUCUUCUCCCUGUACAACUCAGGCUCUCCAGCUCAGGCCAAGCGCGCGCUCGAGGCCCAUCUCAAGGACACAGAGCGCCGCAUUCAGGAUGCUUCCAAGCUUGGCACCACCCUACUGCAACAGCGCAAGGAUCUGGCUGCCCGUCUGAAGGAGGUCGAGGAGGGCGCAUCCGAGGACAUCACUCCUGAGCUGCAGAAAAAGCUGGAUCAGCUGGAGAAGGAUUACACUGAAAUUGGCAAAGAUUCCGCCCGUGCCUUCCUUCCCAAGUCGCGCAUCGUCUCAACAGACUUCAGCGCUGCUCCGUCGAGUCCUGCCCUCUUCGUCUCCGAAGCUCGCCCUUCCCCAGUCAAGCGCGUUCCCACCGAAGGCUCCAGAAGGCAACGUAACCAGCCCACCAACCGUGUCCAUGACAUCGAGUUCGCGACCGAGAUCAGUACCUCUCUUCUUGCCCAGGUCAGACAACUGCAGGCCAUCCUGGCUGAAAAGGAGAAUGCGCUCAAGGAUGCCACGACGCAAAAAGAACAGCUCGAGACAGACAUCGCCAGUCUGAUGCAGCGGCUGCGCAUGUUGGACGAGAGUGAGCAGAAGUGCAAGGACGAGAAUUGGAACCUUGAGACGCAGAUGCAAGACCUGACAGCACAGUUGAAAGAGGCCACCGACAAGGAACAGCGUCUGUCACAACAGCUCAAGUUCGCUCAGGCCGAGAAAGAUACGGCACAACGCGACUUGGAGGACCUCAAGGCCGCUCAUGGCAAACUUAGCGAUGACCACGAGGUUAUCAAAAAGCAUCAUGAAGCCGAGCUUUUCACCUUACGCCGCGACGUCAACAAUCAUCAGUCAGCUCGCGACGCGCUGCUCAAGAAGGUUGAGGAACUGACAUCCCAGAACACUCAGCUGGCAAAGGCUGUAGCUGCACGAUGGAACGCUGACAGCCAACCCCAAGACAAUCAGCGCUCUCUGGGCCGCGAGAAUGGUGAUUCCGAGGUCGCAACUCCCGACGUCUCGCCGCAAAACUCGCCUGUCAAGCCCACUCCAAGACAUGGCAUGCUCGAGACCGAAACCCUCAAGUCCUCGCUUACCCACGCCCACCGUAUGAUCCAGAACUUGAAAAACAACAUUCAUCGUGAAAAGACGGAGAAAUUUGAGCUCAAGCGGUUAUUGCAAGAUGCCAGAGAUGAGCUGGAAAACAAGCGCACCGACGGCGGUGUAGGCCCGUCCGUGAGCAAGAAGCGUCGUUCCGAUGACAGCGGCAUCAAGUUCAACAAGGGUGCCCGCGCCGACAAGCUGGGAGCUGCUAGAUCCGCUAAGCACGAGAUCAUCAUGGACGACGACGAAUGGGAAGACCAAUCUCUGAUCGAGAGUCCCAGCCGCCCUGCUACUCGCAACAUCAGCGCUGGCAUUGUUCCCUUCGGAAACUUCAACUUUGGCAGAACUGCAGGUGCCUUUGGCAAGCCCGAGAGCGCCGAGACUACCGAUGCCUUCGAGACUGCCGACGAGCGAGGUACAACCGAUGCUUUCGAGACAGCCAAUGAGGACGAUGACAACACAAACACAGAGACUGAGGCUGCCUUCCAGACCGGCGCAGAGACAAUCAAUGGCGACAGUAGCGAUGACUUGACCGAGACCGAGGUUAGUCCCGAAAAGAAGCAGGGCUCUUCAUCUCGAUCCGUUUCCUCCUCAUCUCGACCUGUUUCCAGACCCGGCCCAUACGCGACCAACAAAGCCGAGAAUCGUUUGUCUUUCAUGUCAACAGCAUCUACUUCUGCCGACGAGUUCGAAAACGUCAAGACGCCCAUACAAGGUCAGCAACCCAAGUACAAGCUACGUCUUAGUAAGGGUCGUCGCUCAAACAAUGGCUCUGCCCGCAAUAGCGCUGUCUUUGCUAGUGACGACAGUCCUGCCAGCCAAGCCAGCCAGAGGACUCCUGUUCAGUUCGGUCAGAGUCUCAGUGCUGAGCUAGACGGCUUGAGCAAUGACAGCGACAGCGGCGAGGAAACAUCGACUGAUGCCGGCAUUGAAUCUGCUCCUAUGAGUCCCGAAACUGCCAAGAAGCCAACUCUUGCAGAGGCCCCCAUCAUUACAGAAGUCUCGAGACCGAAGAUGGUCGAUUCUGCUAUGAUGACUGAACCUUGGGAGCCAGAGUCCAAGUCUAUCGUCAGUGCUGCCGCUGGUGCUGUUGGUACUGCCAUUGCUGGCGUCGCUGGUUUCGCACUUGGUCAUUCGACUUCGCAUGGUGAAGAUGCUGCCCACAAUGAGACGUCCAGAGCAGCCGCAGAUAGUAUCCAUGUCCCAUCUGUUGCCUCGUCCGACAUGCCUGGUCAAUUUGACGAGAGCGAGCCUGUCUCGGAGUCUGCAGCUCUCAGAUUGCCCGCAGCAGAGAUUGUGUCCAAGGCUGAUGCAUCAGCCGAGGCCAGAAAGGAAUUCGCAAGUAUCGUUUCGCAGGAUCUCGCACCCGUGACGCCUGUACAACCCAAAGCACAAGCCUUGAGCAUGGCGACCUUCUCAAGCACUCACACCGAGCCUGUUGCUGCAGUGCACGCACCCAAAGAGCUUCCACAAUUCACCAUGACAACCUUCUCGUCAUCUCACACCGAGCCAGUGCCAGCUGUCAUGCCUAUCAAGGAGGCUGAGAUGUUGUCUAUGUCGACCUUCUCCACUCAUCACACUGAGCCUGUCACUGUGGCCCCUAUCAUUAAGGAGCCCGAGAAGUUCUCCAUCUCGCAAUAUGCGGCCACACACACCGAGCCUGUUGUGCCUCUGGUCGAAGCCAAGAAACCCGAGGUAUUUGCUAUGUCCACCGGCCCUGUUUCGCACACAGAGCCUAUUACACCUGCACCACUGGUGAAGGAAGCUCCGUCUUUCGCCAUGUCUCCUUUCAGAUCUAUGUCAUCAGAGCCAGUAUUGGCUUCCUCGCCAGAGCUUGUGCAGACACCUUUGCUGGAGUUCUCAAGCUUCAUCACUUCUCAUACCGAGCCACGCACCCCAAGCAUGCCACAACUUGACAAAGAAGUCGAUACGAAGAGAGAUGCACUCGAAUUUUCUACUGUUCGAUCUCAACACUGGGAGCCGAUCGUGGAUGAACAUUCAUUCUCUCCUGCCGUGGAUGGUUCGAAGCGUGAUGACGUGUUCUUCAUUGACGAUGACAAGGCUCUUUCUGACAGCAUUCCAGGAACUGAUGGCGUUCGUCCCGGCGCUGCUUUCCUUGCUUCUGGAGCGCAGUUCCCUCCUCGUACCAGUAGCAGAGAUGGACCGUUGACUCAGGAGCCUCGACUGUUUGGUGCGCUCAAGGGCGGCAACCAUGGAGAACCAACCCUCGUCUUUGCCGACGAAAAUGACUCGAUCUCUCGUAUUGAGCAGGAUGGCCAGUUCAGACAGCCCUUCGCUGAGGUGUCCAAUAAUGUUGGUACUAGCCAGCGCAGCAUGUCGAACAACGGUGAAAGACCUGCCAUCAAGCGCACCCCCACUUCCGAGAUGGGAACGCAGACCAUGGUAUCUUCUGACGAGAUUGACAAGAUGAUGCGCCGCAAGACUCCAUUGACGAUUCCUGCUGUCAACAUUGACGAAGGCACACCCCUCAGACCUGAGAGCCCGAGACGAGCUUCCGAAACACCUUACAUGGCUGAAGGUGCGAACAUGAAAGCUCCUCGUCGUCCCGCCAGCUCUGGUAGCAUGUACAAAAACUCUACCUCUCAACCUCCCCUUCCUUCGGACCACACGCAGCGCAUCGCUGCAGCUGCAGGAACAAAGAGCCUGCAAUCUGGAAUGCUCCCACCACCAGUUCCCACAGGCUCACUCAACAAGCCUCCUCCGUCGCUGCGCUCUCGCACUCCAAGCAUCAGCAAAUCUGUUCAAUCUGGACGCGGUACUGUCAACCGUGCCCUCGCGCCAAUUCCUGCUGGUCGUCCCGACCCCAUGUCUCCUACAACUCGCGCCAGCUCUAUUUCGAGCUUCGUUUCGGAAGUGGAUGAGCGCAUUCAACCUGGCAGAGGUGUGCUGUAUCCCGAAGACAUGUUGCCUGCAACUGAUCCCCGCAUGAUUCAAGCUAUCACUCAGACCAUGAUCGGAGAGUAUCUUUGGAAGUACACACGCAAAGCUGGUCGAUCUGAGAUUAGUGCCUCAAGACACAGAAGAUUCUUCUGGGUGCACCCUUAUACCAGAACGCUAUACUGGAGUGAGCAUGACCCAUCAACACUUGGCAAGCAACAGUCAAAGGCAAAGAGUGUUGCUAUUGAAGCUGUCCGUGUCAUUACAGAUGACAACGCUUAUCCGCCCGGCUUGCAUAGGAAGAGCUUGGUGAUAGUAACCCCAGGUCGUGAGAUUGUCUUCACGGCUCCCACCGCUCAGAGACAUGAAACAUGGUUCAACGCACUCUCCUACCUCUUACUUCGUACUGGAACCGAGCGUGAGAAUGAAGAUCUGACACAAGACAUGGUUGACGAGUUCAACCCGACAAUGCGAAGUCAGAGUCGUAACACUGUUCGCACUCGUAUGAGUCUCAGCAGUUACAACAGCAGGACAACGCGCAAUUCAUCACCACAUCGUCCUCACGCAUCCGAAGUGCCGUCCCUUGCCAAUCGCCAGGCUGCAGCUGCGUCGCUGAGACGAGGUGCACAGACUCCAGGCUCAUCUGACGGAUCCCAAGGACGCGUUGGUAUUAUGAACGGCUUGUUCAAGAGUCCUGGCGGAAGCAUGCGUGGAAGUUUCUCUAGCAGGCGAAGCAAGAGCGCAAUGAGCACUCGUCGACCAAUUGAACCGACGAUAUACGAUGCAAGUGUGGUUGAGGACAGUACUGAGGAUCUGGGUGCUGUGCUNGGGGGACAUGAGCACAACCAUGAUAGGUUGGAGAAUGUGAGGGCGUGCUGUGAUGAAGUGCAGGACGACACAUGA